GUACAUCUUCAGCUUCUUAUCGCGCACGGGCUAUGGAACAAUUGCAGGCCUCGAUGUGGCAGCGCGGCGGACGCAGGCAGCUCUGGCCUCCAGCUGUGUCUGGCUGCUGGCUGCAUUCUGCCGGGCAAUGGGCUACGGAUGCUUCUCUGCUGAAAUACUCUGGGAAUGGUGCAACGCGGACCCGCUGUUCAUAG